AUGUCUAAUUCAGAAAUCAACGAUAAUAAUAAAAUUAUUAACAAACUAGUAGAAUUAUGUCAUUGCACUAUAUGUCGAGACUACAUGUAUGUCCCUAUUAUUAUAACACCAUGCGGUCAUAAUUAUUGUUAUGAAUGUAUAACUAGUUGGUUUAAUAAUGUUUCUACAGUUCUAACCUGUCCUCAGUGUAGAUCACAAGUUGAACAUCUCCCUGGUUUAAAUCUUGCGUUACAGCAAUUGCUGAAUUUACUAAUUGAUAGUAAGCGGGAUUCUAAAUUAUUAAAACUAAAAGAUGAAUUAGUAGCUCAGUAUAAAAGUGAUUUGGUGAGAGAUAAUUUGUUUAAUGGGGUAUUCAAGAAAAGUGCAGUUGCUGUUAUAGACGCUGAUGACGAAGGCAUAUUAAGAUGUAGCAAUUGCCACUGGGAAAUUGAAGAAGAGGAUGGUUCAAUAUGUCCUCAUUGUAAUAGUAGGUUAAGGGCCACCGAUAUUAGUAAUACUGCAAAUAAUAAUAAUAACAAUAAUAGUGACUACAGUGAUGGUGAACUAGAAGAAUUAGAGGAGGAAAUAUAUAGGCAUAGAAGAGAGGCGGAUAAUCAAUUACAUCGCGCUUUAAGCGAAGAUAACGCUCAACGCAGCGAUACUGUGAAUUCUAGUAUAACUAAUGUUAAUAUUGCUACUGGUGGUGGAGGUUAUGAUGAUGAUGAUGAUGAUGAUGAUGAUGAUGAUGAUGGUGAUGAUGAUGAUGGUGAUAAUAAUAACAAUAAUAUUAAUAAAAGAUGGAAUAUAAGUGAUGAACAUGUACAUGGAAUAAACUAUGGAAUAGAAGAUAUUGGUACCGGUACAGACAGCCAAAAUGAGGAAGAAGAACAUGAUAGUGAAUUAGAUGGAUUUAUAGUAAGCGAUAAUGAAUCAUUAGAGGAACAACAGGAAGAGGAACAAGAAGAAGAAGUUGAAGAUAUAAGUAGUACUACGGAGAAUAUGAAUGUGAAUAUUGCUUCUGAUUCUUAUUCUGAUUCUGAUUUUGAUAAUGAGGAGGCAAUAGAACAAAUUGCAACCAAUAGUGGUGCCACUAGAAAAAGAAAAAGAGCUACCAUAGUUUUGGAUGAUGAAGAGUGA